AUGAAAAUUCUAGUAUCAACCGCCCUUUUACUAAUUAAUCUAGCUUGCGCUACGAAUGUGGACCUAGAGAGAGAAAACUCUAACCAUCUAGUAACAUUAACCGAAUCGACAUUUGAGAAGUUGACGCAGGCCUCUUCCGGUUCAACAACAGGAACAUGGUUCGUUAAGUUUUACGCGCCGUGGUGUUCGCACUGCAGGAGAAUGGCACCAGCAUGGGAGUCGCUGGCAAAGGAGCUCAAAGGCCAGGUCAACGUGGCAGACGUCGACGUGACCAGGAACCCUAAACUGGGCAGAAGAUUUCAGAUAAAGGGGUACCCGACCCUUGUUCUGUUCCACAAGGGAAAGAUGUAUCACUACGAGGGAGGCGAGAGAACAGUGGAAAAGCUGUCGCAAUUUGCUCUAGGUGAAUUCAGCAAAACGGACGCGUUGCCCGUUCCAGCUCCACUGUCAGUGUUCGCUCUCGCAAGCGACUUUGUAGUGAGUGGAGUCAACGAAGCUCUGAGAGUGUACGACGCAGCACUGGCAGGAUUUGUCACAAUAUCCACGUUCGCAUUUUUAUUCGGAAUGGUUGUCGGACUUGUACUGUCGUUAUUUUUAUUCACAAGAAAAGCAACAAGGAAGCCGAAGGUACUAACGGAACGUAAAAAGGAUAAAUGA